GUGAGCUCAACUCGUGGGCCCCUCAUCUCCUUCCUCACCUCGUUUCUCUUCCAAACCAAUCAAAACAAAGCUUUUUUCUGAAAACCAAAAACCCUACACUGAUUCUCAUGUUAAUCCUCCUCAAUUCAACCUCUAAUGGCCUCCAUAUCCUAUUCUUGCGUUUCCGCUCCUUCCUUAAUUCAAUUUCGCUCUCGAUCGCCUAGGGCAUAUCUCGAUUUGUUAAUUUUCUGUUUCUGGCAGAUUUAGGUGCUGAAUUCGUCAUGGAUGUCGUCGUCAAGCCAGAAUUCGAAUCCACAGUCGUUUUGCGGGAUCAGCCUCGCAUGAUGCGGGAAGUUUCUGUUGUGAAUGGUUACAUUGUUUAUACUCGAACGAAGAGGUACAUGGAUUCGUGUAACGGUUUUUCUGAAGACGGAAAAUUCAAGAGGUUGAAGGCAUUUGCAGAGGCAGAGCAUUCAGUUAAAAUGGAGAAUGGAGUGGAUUCCGAGCUGAAGAGCGAGCCUCCAGAGGUUGUGAUGAGGUCAUUCAGGCGGUGUAGGCAAUCGGCGUUGAAAGAAAAUGUUGACUCUGGUGAUAAGACCGGGACUGAGUCUGAAGUAGCAAAUGGUAGCAGCGCAUUAGCAGCUCCGAGAAACAAGUUGGAGUUGAAGAUGUCGAAGAAGAUUGUGGUCAACAAGAAGCCUUUGACUAUCAAGGAGCUCUUCGAUACAGGCUUGCUUGAUGGGGUCUCAGUUGUUUACAUGGGCGGCAUUAAGAAGGCUUCAGGAUUACGGGGUGUUAUUAGAGAUGGGGGAAUAUUGUGCUCAUGCUGUCUGUGCAAUGGGCACCGGGUUAUUCCACCUUCCCAAUUCGAGAUCCAUGCUUGCAAACAAUAUAGGAGGGCAGCACAGUAUAUUUGCCUCGAAAAUGGGAAGAGCCUGCUUGAUCUAUUGAGAGCAUGCAGGGGAGCUCCGCUGCAUAAGUUGGAGGCGACAGUUCAAAAUUUUGUUUGCUCUCCACCUGAAGAAAAAUAUUUCACGUGUAAAAGGUGCAAAGGAUGUUUUCCUUCUUCAUGUGUGGGAAGCGUGGGGCCAAUAUGCUGUUUUUGUGUGGAAUCAAAGAAAUCUGAAGAAAGUUCGAACGAUGUAGUUGGCAAAAGAGUCAGGUCCCCUAGACCAGUGUCGGUCUCCAAUCCAUCCAGUACUUCUGAGCUGUCUAUCUCUUCACAAAUUAAGAGACACUGGAAGAAAAGAACAAAGUCAUCAAAAAGGAUUAGCAGUUCAAAUUCUUCCAACAGUGCCUCUGUGCCUAUUCUACCCCGGAAGAAAAUUCUGUGGAAGAUGGAAAGAAAGUCACUGUCAGUGAAGUUGAAGAUCCCGGAAACUACGUCAAAUUCGAAGUGUUUAACUCCACAAAAUAAGAGUCAAUGGAGGAUAACUAAGAAGGAUCAGCGGUUGCAUAAGUUAGUUUUUGAGGAAAAUGGAUUGCCUGAUGGAACUGAAGUAGCUUAUUAUGCACGUGGACAGAAAUUGCUUGAAGGUUUCAAAAUGGGCUCUGGAAUUGUUUGUCGAUGCUGCAAUACUGAGGUCAGCCCCUCACAGUUUGAGGUCCAUGCAGGUUGGGCUUCUCGCAAGAAACCUUAUGCAUAUAUUUACACGUCAAAUGGGGUGUCACUCCAUGAGUUAGCUAUAUCUCUCUCAAAAGAUCGAAAAUACUCUGCAAAAGACAAUGAUGAUAUAUGCAUUAUUUGUUGGGAUGGUGGAAAUCUGUUGCUUUGUGAUGGAUGCCCAAGAGCAUUUCAUACAGAAUGUGCAUCUCUAUCAAGUAUUCCACGUGGUGACUGGUACUGUCAAUUUUGCCAAAACAUGUUCGAGAGAGAAAAGUUUGUAGCAUACAAUGCCAAUGCUGUAGCAGCUGGAAGGGUUGAAGGAGUGGAUCCAAUUGAACAGAUAACAAAUAGAUGCAUACGCAUAGUCAAAGACAUUGAAGCUGAGCUUAGUGGAUGCGCUUUAUGCGGGGGUGUUGACUUCAGCAGAUCUGGAUUUGGUCCACGCACAAUAAUACUGUGUGACCAGUGUGAAAAGGAAUAUCAUGUUGGCUGUUUGAGGGAUCACAAGAUAGCAUAUUUAAAGGAAUUGCCAGAAGGGAAUUGGCUUUGUUGCAGUGAUUGCAUGAGAGCACAUUCUACUUUGGAGAACCUUUUGGUUAGGGAAGCUGAGAGACUCCCUGAAUCUCUCUUGGGUGUUAUAAAUAAGAAGCUAGUGGAAAAAGAAUUACAACCCAUCAAAGACAUUGAUGUAAGAUGGAGGCUUCUUAAUGGCAAAAUUGCUUCUCCUGAAACUAGACCAUUGCUUUUGGAGGCUGUUUCAAUCUUUCAUGAAUGUUUUAAUCCUAUAAUUGACGCAGCUAGUGGACGUGAUCUUAUUCCGGCCAUGGUUUAUGGAAGGAAUGUGCGGGGUCAGGAGUUUGGAGGAAUGUAUUGUGCAUUAUUAAUGGUCAAUUCAUGUGUGGUGUCUGCGGGCAUGCUUCGAAUUUUUGGCACAGAUAUUGCUGAACUCCCUUUAGUUGCAACAACUAACAGGAACCAUGGAAAGGGUUAUUUCCAAACACUCUUCUCCUGCAUCGAGAGGCUGCUGGCUUUUUUAAAUGUGAAGAACCUUGUGCUGCCAGCUGCAGAAGAAGCAGAAUCCAUAUGGACUGAUAAAUUUGGGUUUAGCAAGAUGAAACCAGACCAGCUUACCAACUACAGAAAGACCUGUAAUCAAAUGGUGACAUUCAAAGGGACAAAUAUGCUUCAUAAAAUGGUGCCACCAUGUCGGGUCAUCAAUAAUCAAUCAUGACAGUUUUUUAUAGGAAAAGGUCAUUCAUGAAAGGGGAAAACCCCUAGUUUUCUCAAUUUCCUUUUCCCUCUCUGCUUGUUUUAUAUGUGUAUAAAUUUUUGGCUAGUUGAAGCCAUUCUUGAACCCGUUCCUGCCAAUUGUUUAAACAUAUUUAAUGUCAUAUGUCCAUUUUCAAUUA